CUCACCCGCGCCCGCAGGUCGCUCGCAGUCUCUCUGUCCAGUCGACCACGAUAUACAAUGUCGAACGGCGGCAGCAUCGAAGGGUACCUGAUCAAAAUCGACGACGAGUACGGGUGCAUCGUGUACUGCAUCCUCGAAGAAGGCACGUUGCAAUACUACAACGGCAAGGGCGGCGUCCUCCUCGGCGAGCUCCAACUCUCGGGGAACAAAGUGAACGCGAGCCUCAUUCGCAACGACUUGUCGUCGCUCCCGAACCGAUUUGUCAUUUCGAGCCGCAAGCGAACGUUGGAAGCGAAGAAGCAAGCGAUGAGCAAAUUGUUUCCACCCGAGCUCGAGCACGACCAACGCCUCCUCUUUGCCGCGUCGACCCCCGAGACCCAAGAGGAAUGGGCAACGGUCGUCCUUAACUGGAACAAGCAUUGCUGGGACGAAGCGUCGUCCAUCUUCAGCUACAAGGACGAAUUGCACGCCCUCCGCCAGUUGCUGCGAACACACAACGUCAAGGAAAAACCGCGUCGAAUCAACCAGCCCGGCAGCGGCCACGCCGUCCCCGUGCGCUAACGACCCUCAGCACAUCGAUCGUCCCAGUUUAAGUUAAUCGUUUGUCGCAUGGUUUUCAAUGCGGUUUGAGCCUCGAGAUCACCCUCCCUCCGCACCCCGCGCAGCAGCACGACCGGCGCAACCUUCGAAUCGAACGAUAGAUGCUGGUACUUGUCGAGAUCGACCUUGGCUGUUCCGCUAUAGCCGUGACAACGGGGCCCUGGCAGCGAGUCCACCACAGAAGUGCGACGAAUUCUCUGCGUCGAAGGAGUGUCUCGUGGCCCAGACGAACCAGCAAGGCAGCCGCCUGAGCGUUGGAUACUGGAGAGUGUCCUCAGUCACCUCCGGCCACAUGCAUCUCCUUCGGCUCAGAAUUCUUGGCGCCAAUGCCAUGCCCAUCGCCCUCCAAGUCGUGGACUGUCCGUGUCUAGCGGCUGUCAAUGGACGACUAUGCCUCGACUGCACAGAGAUCAACGCAUGAAAGACUCGCCGUGGAAUUCGUAGUGUAUUGGAUGAAUAUUUCGGAUGAUGUGGGGAGGCCAUCGACGGGCCACAAGUAUUACAUUUCAUCUACAUCGACGGCCCCCCACCGUGGUUGAACGGAUCUAUCUACUUAUUGCUGCAUUAACUGGUUGGCUUCGUGGCGCAGCUUGUCAAGGACAUCCAUCGCCUUUUGGAACUCGACCAUGUC